AACCCAUUGUGCGGCAAAUGGAUGGGUGUCUGUCAUUCAGCAGACAUUGAGCCCGUGUUUGGGAUACCAUUCCUCGACACUAUACGCUUUAAUGAUAGGGAACGGUAUAUCUCGGGACUUAUGAUUGAUGUAUUUUCCACGUUUGCUAAAACUGGUAAACCGCCGGCAAUAGGAGGCGCCGAUUGGCCCGAGUUUUACGCGAUUGGCAACAAAACUCUGUACCCGUACUAUGAAGUCACUAAUUAUCCCAAAAAUGACACCAAUUUUAGUUUCGGUUUGAAAAACACGGAAUGCGAGCGACUGUUCAAACCGUUUGUAGAAAAUUAAUAUAAAUGUAACCUGUAUCAUUUUAUAAAUAAAAUUCAGUGCAUUAUA